AAUGGAAUUUUAUUUGGGAAGCGGUAACAGAACAAGAUGGCUGUUGUUGCGAGACAAGAAAAACAUCGCUUUUUCACUUUAACUCGACCUUUUCAUGUCGGUGAACUUUCAUGAAAAUAUGAUUUCAGCCGCUUUUGAGGUGCGCUUUCAUAACUAGUUUGUUUUUGAGACGGAAAGUUUUCUGACGGUUCUGGGCGAGAGCAGUUUAUCUUUGAAACGUAAUGCCCGAAAAGCUUCAGACGCUGCAAACUUAUAUUGUUUCUUUUAGAGCGUUGAAAGUUAUUUUUUCGUGAAGUACUAAACUAGUAGGAGGACCAUGAGUUCACCCCGAGUCAGACCCCAGCAGCCACCGCAGAGCCUGAGGUCUCCGCACAAACUCGACCCAAGCGAGGGGAUAGAGAUGGAGAGCAUCCGCCAUCAAGACCUGGGUCUUGGGGGAGCCAUAGGCACCCCGUCCCCUCCGUCCAGACAAGCCUGGAGCCGGGAUAACCCGGGAUUUGAACCCGAGGAAGGGAUCGUGGAGGCGGACUGGCCUCCGGCGAGCUCCGGGAGGAGAUCGGUGUCCACGGCCUCUAGCAGCAGCUGCAGUAGCGGCUUGGGCAGCAGCUACAACCGCGGGGGAAACAGCGGCCAGAUCCCCCGAAGAGGACUCUUUUCUACUCCGACUCUAAACACCCAGCAGCAGGACAGGCAUGAGCACCGCAGCUGUAUGAAGCAGAUACUCCAAAAGAUCAGGAAUCUGUGGGGCACAGAGCUGAUGGAGGCCAGCGACAGCAGCCGAGAACUGUACCUCAGGAACGUGUUGAGGGAGAUGCUCACGUACAUCACUUUCCUCAUUACUAUUUGUAUUCUGACCUAUGGGAUGGUGAACGCCAACAUGUACUAUUACACCAAAGUCAUGUCUCAGCUGUUCCUAGACACGCCGCUCUCUCCUGGGAACCCCACUACUUUUAGGAGCCUCUCCACCAUGGAGGAUUUCUGGAAGUUCACACAGGGGCCCUUUCUCCGCGGCAUGUACUGGGAAGUUUGGUACAACAAAGAUCGCCUGCCUGAGAAUCAAAGCCUCAUCUACUAUGAGAAUCUCCUUCUCGGAGUGCCAAGGCUUCGGCAGGUCAAAGUUCAUAAUGAGUCCUGCUCCAUCCACGAAGACCUGCAGGAUGAGGUCAGAGACUGCUAUAACAUUUACACCUCGAGCAACGAGGACACCAGCUCCUUUGGUCCAAAGAAUGGAACGGCAUGGGUGUACACCACUGAGAGCGGGAUGAACGGCAGCAGUUACUGGGGUCAUGUGUCUAAGUAUGGAGGGGGAGGAUACUACCAGGAUUUGUUUCGGACCAAAGAGGAGUCGGCUAGUCAGCUACAGUUUCUCAAAGACCACUUGUGGCUGGACAGAGGCACUAGAGCGGUCUUCCUCGACUUCUCUGUUUACAACAGAAACAUAAACCUUUUCUGUGUCACCAGGUUGUUGGUGGAGUUCCCCGCUACUGGUGGGGUGGAGACCUCUUGGCAGUUUCAAACAGUGCGUCUGAUAAGAUAUGUGUCCAGCUGGGACUACUUUGUGGGUGUGUGUGAAGUGGUCUUCUGCCUAUUCAUCCUCUACUAUGUGGUGGAGGAGGUGUUGGAGAUCCACAUCCACCGGCUGCAUUACUUCAAGAGCAUGUGGAACUGCCUGGAUGUCCUCAUUGUUGCGUUGAGUGUUGUUGCUAUUGUCAUGAACAUAACCAGAACAGCAAUGGCCAGAAACCUGCUCAGUGGCCUGUUGGAGAACCACACUGCUCACCCUAGAUUUGAGCCACUGGCCAACCUUCAGGUCCAGUUUAACAACAUGGCUGCUGCUAUUGUGUUUUUUUCCUGGGUUAAGCUUUUUAAGUUCAUCAACUUCAAUAAAACCAUGAAUCAGCUGUCCAGCACGAUGUCCCGCUGUGCCAAAGACCUCGUGGGGUUUGCAAUUAUGUUCUUCAUCAUCUUCCUAGCAUAUGCGCAGCUCGCCUACUUGGUGUUUGGAACUCAAGUCAACGAUUUCAGCUCUUUCCAGGCCAGCAUACUUACCCAGUUUCGAAUCAUCCUGGGAGACUUUAACUUCCCAGAGAUCGAAGAAAACCCAGUGCUUGGACCUAUAUAUUUCACAACCUUUGUCUUCUUCAUUUUUUUUAUUCUCAUGAACAUGUUCCUGGCUAUCAUUAAUGACACAUACUCUGAGGUGAAGGCUGACAUGUCCCAGCAGAGAUCUGAGAUGGAAAUGACUGACCUCAUCAAGAAGGGUUGUAACAAAGCUUUGAUGAAGCUAAGACUGAAGAAGACGGCAGUGGACGACAUCUCUGACAGUUUGCGACAAGCAGGGGGAAAAGUGAACUUUGAUGAGCUCCGUCAUGAUCUCAAAGGAAAGGGCCACACAGAUGCAGAGAUUCAGGCCAUCUUUGCUAAGUACGACCAGGAGGGCGACCCGGAACUGACAGAACAUGAACACCAGCAGAUGAGAGAUGAUCUGGAGAAAGAGAGGGAGGAUUUGGAGCUGGAACGCAAUUCACUGACUCGACCCAGCAGUGGGCGGAGCUUCCCUCGCACCCAGGAAGACUCGGAGGAGGAUGAUGAUGAGGACUCGGGUCACAGUUCUCGUCGCCGUGGCAGCAGCUCAGGCGGUGUCUCUUAUGAGGAGUUCCAAGUGCUAGUGAGGCGCGUGGACCGAAUGGAGCACUCCAUCGGCAGCAUCGUGUCCAAGAUAGAUGCUGUGAUUGUGAAGUUGGAGGGAAUUGAGAGAGCCAAACUUAAAAGACGAGACGUGUUGGGCCGGCUGCUGGACGGAGUCAUGGAGGAUGAGCGUUUGGGACGGGACACAGACGCCCACCGAGAGCAAAUGGACAGACUUGUGAGGGACGAACUGGAACGCUGGGAGUCAGACGACACAGCCUCCCAGGUCAGCCACCCUCAGCUGGCCACUCCCGUCGGGCUGCGUCCCCGUCCUCCCUCCUCCCUGUCCACAGACGGUCUUGACGCGAGCGCUAAUGUGUGAAUGCCUGACAAGCUGCAGGAUCCUCCACUGAGGACAAAAACUUUUGGAAAACCUCCUGCAGUGGUCGACAAAUCAACAAAUGUGGAAAAGUUUUGAGGAACAAAUUUGAGACUUUACAGAAAAAGUAAAUUUUAGUUUACAAAAGAAAUAACGAAGUCCAUUUUAGCUCACUUUGAGUCCUUAAAUGACUGUAGGUGGGUUCUAAAUCUGAGCAUCAGAGAGUAUUACUGUCAAAAAGAAUGCAUUGAGUAUGUCAAGAACAUCACAGUAUUUGACCUUUGUAGAAAAAUAAGCUUCACUCAGAACUAAAAAAAAACUGGAUUUCAUCACAUUUUGUCUUUUAUACAAAUAUUUAACAGCCUUUCUACAUUUUUGUUGACAUUCUUUCCAUACAUUUUAACAUAAAUACAAGCAUGGCAGGUUUUGUCAUAUUUACUCAAUCAAUUAAGCUUCAAAACAAUUAGCUUAUGAUUUUAUGAUACAUAUUGUAACUUGAAACAAACUUCGAUUUGGAGUGCGUCUAGUGUUCACAGGAAGCCUGUGCAUUUAUUAUUUUAAAUCGCUUUGGAUUUACAAUCGUUUUAUGAUCCAUUUUGCCAAAUAAAGUUUUAUGGAAACAA